UUAGAGGAGGAGCUUGUUUCCGCUCUCGGUUGGUGAAGUAGUGAGGGGUGUAAAUAGCAGCCAGCUGCUCUCAUGUCGUCCCGUCCAGACGGUUAUAAUACUUCCGUGUUCCGUAUCUGAAUGGAAGGACUACUCCGUUUAAAAGCUGCCGUCCUCCUCUGCUUCCUCACGCGGCUCUGCGGUGCCGGAGCCGCCGCUUUGUACACGGAGGAGGAGCCGCUGGCCCUCCUGACGGCAGCUAGCCUGAAGUCGACGGUCAGCAACUCCUCGUGUGCCUGGCUGGUCCAGUUCUACUCCUCCUGGUGUGGCCACUGCAUCCAGUACUCCUCCACAUGGAAGGCCCUGGCCCACGACGUCAAAGACUGGGCUAGGGCUAUCAGGAUAGGAGUGUUGGACUGUGCCCAGGAGGAGAACUUCCAUAUCUGUAAAGAAUACAACAUCCACUUCUACCCCACAUUCAAGUAUUUCCGAGCCCACAGCCCGCCAACUGACCUUGGGACAACCAGCAGAGGUGCGGAUAGAGACGUCCAGACAGUGAGACGGUUGAUGAUUGAUUUCCUCCAGAACCACACCAAACUGAAAUGGCCUGAUCUCUGUCCUGUGCUGGACCCGUACAGUUCAUUGGAGGUUCUUCCUCUCUUAGGUCAGAGGUCAGAUCACCACACAGUCCUUAUCAUAGAGGAGCCACAAUCCUACAUUGGACGAGAGGUGAUUUUAGACCUGUCACUGUACUCUGGGCUGGUGGUGAGGAGAGUUCUGUCCACAGACCUACUCCUGGUGGACAAACUGGAAAUCACAGCCUUCCCCUCGGCCUACCUGCUGGGCUCCAAUGGAGCACACACAGACCUGGAAGUUCAGAAGAGGUUGCGUUCUUUCUUUUCCUCUGCCUUGAGGCUGUUACCAGAUGUCCAGAUCCAACAGAACCAGCACAGCAGCAGCAGCAGUUCCAGUGUUGGACAGACAGGGGCAUCAAACGCCAUACAGGCCCAAGAGCCGUGGAAAGAAUAUGACAGUUCUUUGGUGUACAUGUCUGAUGUUGAGUCUGCUCUGCAUUACCUUCUGAGAGUGGAACUGGCUACCCAUAAUAACCUGCAGGGGGAGGAGCUUAAGAUCUUCAAAGACUUUGUCACUGUAGUUGCCAAGUUGUAUCCUGGUGGACCUACUGUCGUCAAGUUGAUGGAGACUCUUCUGGAAUGGCUGCUCAGCCUUCCUUUGGAAUCAAUCCCCUACCAAGCAGUACUGGACAUGGUGGACAACAAGAUGGAGAUCUCGGGUGUGUUCCUGCCGGCGGAGCUUCGCUGGGUGGGCUGUCAGGGCAGCAGGCUGGGGCUGAGAGGUUACCCCUGUGCUCUGUGGACGUUGUUUCACAUCCUGGCUGUCCAAUAUGACACAACACCUCAUGCCCUGGACAACACAGGCCUGGAGGGGGAGCCAGCGGCUGUGCUGAAAGCCAUGCGUGGUUACAUCGUCACCUUCUUCGGCUGUCAGCAGUGUGGACGACACUUUGACACCAUGGCUGCAGAUCUGCACACAGUCACAACUACACAACAAGCAGUGCUCUGGCUAUGGAAGAAACACAAUCUGGUCAACAACAGACUGACCGGCUCUCUGAGUGAGGACCCCAUCUUCCCCAAGCACCCCUGGCCGAGCCCCUCCCUCUGCGCCUCCUGCCAUGACGAGAAAGAGGGAGUCCAUGUGUGGAAUGAGGAAGAGGUGUUGAUGUUCCUCAGACGUCACUAUGGAGCCAGCAACCUGUCCCCACAAUACCUCCCCCCUUUCCCCCACUUCCUGGUUGCCCGGGAAGAAGUGGAGGAUGUGUCAGCUGGGGUUGCGAGAGGAGUCCGUGGAGGAGUGUGGAUCCUGGGCUUCAACAGCGUGGAUAUGAGCCUGUGUGUUUUCCUCUACGUCUCCUCCUGUGUCUUCCUCAUGCUCCUCUUCUUCUUCUUCAGAAUCCACUCCAGGAGGUGGAAACUCCGUCACAGCCGCCUCUAUGUCUAACACACACACACACACACACACACAAACACACAUGGACUGUGUGUGAGAGUUGGACUUGAGUUGUGGUGUAUUUUGUGUUUGACUUCAUAUGAAUGAAGUUUAUUUUUCAGUUUCUUCUUUAUGAAAAUAUUCAUAAACCCAGAUCAUCACUACAGUGAAGCAAACUGUCUGUCUCUCGGUCUGUCUGACUGGCUGGCUGGCUGGCUGUGUGUGUGUGUGUGUGUGUGUGUGUCUGCGACCCCGUUUACACUUGGUUUAAAAGUGGACAGCACUAAAUACAAGUGUAAAUGACCUCCAAACCGUCUUGUGAACAGGUUACUGAAACCACUUGCCGAGGUGGUCGGGGACGCAUUUGACUACUUCUUCUUCUUCUUCUUCUUCUUCUUCUUCUUCUUCUUCUUCUUCUUCUUCUUCUUCCUUUUUUCCUUCUUCGGAGUAACAAAAUCUGGUCACAAGUGGUCAGCAAGAUGCAUGUGGAGAUGCAUGAUAGACACAGGUGUAAAUGGCGACGUGUCUCACUGUCCACUUGUGAUCCGAUCACCCAAAACGCAUUUUAAAAA